AUGUCGAUGAUCAUGAAUUUCAUCCUGCUUAACACAGUCAUCCUUGUCGGUAUUCUGCUUCUUGGUGUCAACAUCAUCAUCCUCAUCAUCUUCAGCUGCCUCGGCUUCGUCUUCUUCAUCUCCAUCUUCUACCUCAUUUCCUUGAUGGUGAUCUCCGAGCUGACGUGGUGGGGCACGCAGGUGAUCCGAUAUAGAGGAAGACAACGAGAGCAGGAGCUCGGGGACUCUGAUGAGAGAGCUGCGGGAGUCGGUGGUGGAGGAGGAGCACGGCGGAGGAGGCUGCCGGAAGCAGGGAGCCAGACCCGGAACAAUGCAAAGAUGGCUUUUCAGAGCAGCCGCGGCGGCGGCGCGCGAGUCUUCUUCCAGAGCCCCCGAGGCGGCGCUGGCGGUAGCCCGGACUCUAGCCGCGGCGCGGGCUCCUCCCGGGAGGACCCGGCGCCCGUGGCCCCAGCGGCGGCGGGCGGGCAGCUCCAGCAGCAGCAACUGCAGCAGCGGCGCCACCAGCAGGGAAAAGUCACGGUGAAAUACGACCGGAAAGAGCUGCGCAAGCGGCUGGUGCUGGAGGAGUGGAUCGUGGAGCAGCUGGGGCAGCUAUAUGGCUGCGAGGAAGAAGAAAUGCCAGAUGUAGAAAUUGACAUCGAUGAUCUGCUUGACGCAGACAGUGAAGAGGAGAGAGCUUUAAAAUUACAGGACGCUCUUGUAGACUGCUACAAACCAACAGAGGAAUUUAUCAAAGAGCUGCUCUCUCGGAUACGAGGCAUGAGGAAGCUGAGCCCUCCGCAGAAGAAGAGUGUAUGAUCCUGGUCCAAGGCGGAGUUUUCCUGGCAGUGAAGAAGGGGCCUGGGAUUUGGACUACAAGAUGACAUUUACUGAAAAAUAGAUGUCCUUAUGAACAA